UUAAAAUUACAUUUUUAUCCCUUUUUUUUAUAUCUUUUUUCCAUCACCCCCUCUUGUUGGUGACGUCACUGAAAGGAGGAGCACGACCGCCACAAGGAGCUGCUUCGAGGAGCUACCGUCGUCGUCAUCUUCUCGAACUGCUUCUGCGUGCGCCGUCUUCGCCGUCGUUAUCUAGAUAUUUCAAUAGCUGCCGCAGAUGUUGAGUUCCGGUGCUUUGUUGGUGGGCUUGCAUGGGCCACCCAAUAGCGAAGCUCUAGAGAAAGCCUUCUCUGCCUACGGAGAAAUUGUUGAAUCGAAGGUCCGUUUAUUGCAGGCAUCAUCCAUCGGGAUCUGAAUAUCGAUUCGGAUUUGGAUUUGUUACCGCUAUCCAUCUGAUCUGUGAUCUUUGCCAUGAGGGAUGCGAUUGAUGGCAUGAACAGCUCUAACUUUGAUGGCCAUAACAUCACUAUCAACGAGACUCAAUCCCGUAGAGGUGGCGGAAGUGGUGGAGGUGGCUUCAGAAGCGAAAGCGGCGGUAGUUAUAGUGAUGGCGGAUUUAGCCGCGACGGCGGUGGUAGUGAAUACGGAGAUGGGGCCGUCAUGAAGGUAGAUACAACAGAAACGGUGGUAGCAGCGGUGGCUACGAAAAAAAAAUGUGAAAAGAAGAAGAUGAAAGUAUUUAUGUAAGUUACUAUUUUAUUUUAUAGUUUUUUUUAAGACCAUCAAGAA